UUCCGCUUCCGGGCUCUCGCAGAGAUCGCAGCUCUCUUUGACUCUGAAGCUCGCACCUUGUUCAAGCAUCCAUCUGUCAAUGACACUACGUUCGCCGAGGAUGUCGCUUUACUCAACAUAGCCGAGAGCGCCUUCUCUGCCGCGGGCGUCCCAUGGCUUUCCCGACACUUCUCCUCUAUCUACCCGCAAGCUUGCUUCUCACCCGCAAAUCUGCUUCCCACCCGAGGCCGCCCCUCACCACAAGCCCGCUCCUCACCGAAGGCCCGCUCCUCACCGCAAAUUUACCCCUUAUCGCAAGCUACAAGUUGUGGCAGAGAACGUUGCCUCGCUGGUGUCUCUUGCUAUCUUCGCCAUGCCAUCUGUUGCGUAGCCAAUUGCUUCUGGCGGCUUCCAAACCCCAGGCACCACCGCCUUUGCCCGCUGGUUCGCCAGUUCCAGGCGCCGCCCAAACGAAUCCCACUUCUGCUUCUGAGCUCCACGCCCGUUCUUUGACGACCAAGACCCUUUACAUAUCGAGCCCAUGCAUGGUUGCGCCGGAGACAUGCUGCAGGAUUGAGCCGGGUCCUCCAUCGCCUUGCGCAAAGACCUCGACAUCUGCGUGGUUCAAGCAAGACGUCAAACCGCCGGGAUGGCCCAGGUCAAGCAUGCUUCUGGCUGGACGCGCUUUGACGAAGCAGAGCAACAUCUUCAGAGGCUUGCGCAAGGGUGAGCAGCGUGAUACCGCAGAGCAACAUUGACUUGAGAUGCUGACUGCUGUCGGCUUGAACCACGACGAUACCUGGGGUCACUGUGCCGACUAGCCCAACAUGCUGCAACAUAGCCCUUGCGUGUCUGCCAGAAGCCACACCUUACGACGAUCACGCUGUCUACGAUACAGGUGGGGAUACAAGUGCGCAGUGUUGCCUCACGAUCCGCCAAUUCCUCAUACCCACAAGACGCCCGAAGCCACUGGCAACGAAGACAACACAGCCGAGGAUACGACC